AUGGACCUCCUGGAAGCGUGCGAGAAUGGCAAUGAAGAGCGCGUGGUCGAGCUCCUUCUCGAGGCUGGGCCAUCCAAAGCUCCAGCCUUGUUGCGGCAGGUGGAUCAUGGCGGGCGGAGUGCUUUGCACGUGGCGUGCCUAGGGGGCCAGCUGACGGUCGUGCGACUUCUCCUGGGGCGGACAUGCCAAGUGUUUUUCCCAGGUCGUCGACGCGAAGAAGUCGAAGAUUUAAUCGUGCCAUGCGGACACAACAUUCGUGUCAUCAUGAAGCGAAAGGAGGACGCGCACGUGCCGUCGGCGCUGCUGCAACUCCCGUCCGACGUUGUCGUUCAACGCCACGAUCUCGCCAACGGCACCACGUACCUGGACAACUACGGCAACGCCCCCAUCCAAUGCAUCAGUUGCUUUGGAUGCGGCUCCGAGAUGAAGCACGUCCGCGACAGCAUCGAGAUCGCCUCCGAACUGUUGCGCAGUGGAUGCCAAUGCAACACGAGCAAGACGUCGAAUAACUGGACGCCGCUCCACUGGAGCGCUUUCAAUGGCCACCACGAACUGACGGCGCUGAUGCUGAACCCCCAACUGUGCUGCACCGACCAAGCGAACGCUCUACUACCUGCUAUACAGUUUGCGGUUCCUUUGGUGCAGUCCGAGGGGCUGUACCCUGUGGAUGUCGCGGGCCGCAUGGGGCUCCAGCUCCGUGAUGAAAUGGAAGCAUGGAGACAGUCCGUUGUGCGUGAAAGGGCGUGUUCAUAUUCGGUCGAUGGUUUCGAGAUGGGAUACCGAGAGUGGCGUCUUCAUUUGGACCACGUGGUCGUCGUCCAAGUAUUUGUGCAGGACUUCAUCGCAAAUGCCCAACGCCCUGGUGAAUACGCCAAGCAGCUUGCCGCGUGCCUCGACACUUCAACGACCGUCAAGGCGUCGAGCCGACGCAACCGACUGCUGCCCUUCUCCGAGACGGACGUGCUUCGAUACGGUCAGCACUUGUUGUACUGGUGCGCCGGGCUAAACCAGGUCGAGGCCGUGGUGGCGCUGCUGGAAAUCGAAUUCACAACCGACGACGGUGCCACGAAACGACUCGAUCCGCUGGCUCAUGUCGAGUAUGACGUCGCCAAGUCGCAAUCGGCGCUGCACUUCGCGUGCGCCAUGGGCCACACAGCCAUAGUGCAAACACUGCUCUCCCGCGUUGUGUCGCACUACACAACGACGCUGACCCAGAGCCCGUCGUCAUUGUCAGCGGUCCCCAGCAAGGUCCACCCGAUGCUGGGCACCUUUCAUCAACGACGCAUGUCCACCAAGGACAUUCCAUUCACAGCGCUUCCUGGAUGGCUCAACCACCGCCUCGAGUCGCCUCUGUACCUUGCUGGCCUGUACAACCGCGCCGAAGUCUCAACGACCCUCCUGUCGAUCCUGCCGUCGUCCACGAUUCAAGCGGAGAUCCACCUGCAAAAUAUUGAAGGCUCGACGCUGCUCGAGACGGCCAACGACUCGGUUCGCACGGUGCUCAACCUGCCGACAACGUCGUCGUUCCCCACGGAAUACGUCCUCGUCUUUCGGCGUAAGCACAGGCUUUUUCGCAAGACACUUCAAGACGUUCUCGAGGAAGAGAGCUCUCGCGCUCCGUCACUGUUGGCCGCCACCGUCGGCUCCCGAGAGCAGCUCCGACGGUACCGCGAGUCCGAGUGGUUUGACUACGUCGCGGUGGGGGCGACGGACACCGUCCUCGCCCAGAAAGCCGAGCGCAUGCAGCUGAUGGUUCGGCGGCGGGGAUCCACCAACAUGCAAGUAUUCCAUGCAAGUGCCAAGCAUGACUUUGAGCCGUUCCGAUCGCUGCAGCGCCAACUGGUGGUCCUCAACUUGAUCCGCGACAACGUCAACCUCAGGCGCCAUCUCGAAACGCAAACCAUCUUUGAUAUGUUUCCACUGCACGAUGCAGUUGGCCACCGAGCGAUCGCAGUGCACUGGGUGCUCGGCCGCGGCUGGCUGGGGCAAUUGCAGCCGUGGCAUGCACUUCGCCAGUACUUGUUUGAAAGCCCAACGCACACUUAUGACAUGCUAUGGCCGCUACGGACGUAUUUUGGUGUCAAGCAUGCAUUGCACAUAGCGUGGAUUCAAUUUUACACGUCGUACUUGCUGGUCGUGUCGAUUCCGUGUGUCGUUGUCGAGGGUCUCUGGGCAUUUAAGACCUUGCCAGAGGCAGUGCCCCCCUUGGUCAUGGUUGUGCUCAUCUGGAUUACAUGUCUCGUGGAGCGAUGGAAGCGAAAACGUGCAGAGAUGCUGUGCAAUUGGGGUUUUCCUGUCGCGGCGGACGGCGGGGUCAACAACCUCGUGCGGGCCGAGUUUCACGGCGACUUUGUCUUUGACACGACCACCAACGAACGUGAUGUACAAUUUCCCCAUGCCGUGCACAUGCUGCGCAUCUACUUGGGCGCGCCGCUGCUCCUCGGGAUGGUCGCGAUGGCCGUGCUGUCGUUCGUGGGCAUGAAGUAUCUCCGUGCGCAGCAAGCCGCGUCGACGGUCGGCGUAGACGACUCGGAUGCAUUCAUGCCUGUCAUCUCUGCGCUGAACGCGGUGGCCAUCAUCUUGCUGGAUAAAAUGUAUUCCAAGGUCGCGUACGCGCUCUCUCAUUGGGAAAACCAUCGCACGGUCAGUGACUUUGAAUCGAUGCUGGCCAUCAAGUUGUUCACGUUCAAGUUUCUCAACGCUUUCAUGUCGCUGUUCUGGACGGCAUUUGUCGACCGCGAGUUCGACCGGCUCCGCUACGAGCUGUUUACGAUCUUACUCUUUCGACAGGCGUCGUCCAUUGUCUUGUCCAACCUGCUCCCCCUCGUCCUCGUACGGCAUCGAUGGCAGCAGCGCGGAUUCCGUGUGGAUGACCUGUUCCAAACCAUGCCACCACCAUUGUCGACACCGACAUCGCCUGUGACGUCUGCCGAUGAAGACGACGUGCGUGUUCCAGCAGGCAUCGAGAUGCAGCAACUCAUGGCGGCCCCGUAUCAUGUCUUGGACAAGCAGAUUGACGCGAUGAUUCGCUUUGGCUACGUCACAAUGUUCCUGACCGUGUUUCCGAGUGCCCCGUUCUUUGUCGUGCUCACCAACACGCUCGAAAUGCAUCUGGACGUCCAGUGCAGCUUGGAGGCGUACCGUCGGCCGUCGUUCGAUGGCGGCACCGAAAUCCCCGUCUUCCAGAGCAUCCUGGAGUUUAUGAGUUUUGCGGCUGUGACGGUCAACUGCGCGUUGCUGUACCUGAACAUGGACGUCCAGGCGUAUCUACCGACGUCAUCGUUCGCCGCAGAAACCGCAGCGUCGACUACAAAUCUGUGGAUGCUUCUUGUCGUCGAGCAUCUCGUCCUGGGCAUCAAGGCGGCGAUGGCGCUUGGCAUUCCCGACUCGCCGCAAUGGGUUAAUGCGCACUACGCGAAACUGGCCAAGACUCAAAUGAUUGCCCCGCCGCCGAUUGUCGAGCUCCAUCCAGCGGACCAAAGAGAUGUCAUGGACAGCGGCGUGCACGAGUGCAGCAUGGACACGACAGUUGACGUAGCAUUAAGCACUCUGCAAGACGGCCAGACGUUUGCCCUGCCUCCUGGGGACUCGUCAUCGAAGAGUUUGCCGACUGGAAACGCUUCGACAGCACCGGUAUCGCUGUCGACGGCGGCCGAUGCGCUGGCUGUGUGCAAUGCGCCAACCUUGGACAAAGAGGCACUUCGACAGCGCGAGCUUUCCACAGAUACAAUCCAAGCGCUCCAAGUCGAAUUGGCCGCCGCGCGAACCGCCCGGGACGAAGCCCUGGCGCGAAUCCGCAACCUCGAGGCAUGCAUGACAAAACACGGCACAUGUGGCUUUUGCGACUGUGGCGUGCCAUGUGAAGUCAAGUGCAUCGAGUGCAAGGCGUCCAUGUGUCGAAGUUGCGAUGCCAAACAACACGAUGGGGUGGCCAGUGGCAGUCACAUUCGCAUUGAUGUCAGCCGUGUGGGGCAUGUGGUGCACGGCCGCCUGGCUCAAGUCGAGAAGCUGCUUCAUUUACCUCACAACAAUUAGUCUGCAAAACAUGGCGACGUGGCUCGGUUUCGUUGCACAUCCAUUUUGGAUACGUGUUUGGACUGACUUAAAAGGCGAUGGACACGAUCUACUCGACUACUCGACGGGCAAUCCACUCGAUGUCGAGAACACACCCCGAGAGAACGGUCAUGUUUGCAAUCGGGCAUCGCGUCUUGACUUCAGCCGCAAGCUGGUCAACUUGCUUCUGGGUAGCCGACGUGUACACGAGUGCUUGACCCCAUAUUCGGUCAGGACGGGCGAGUGGAGCAUCGUCAUGGUUUCCGAGCGGGAGAUGCAGCGCCCCCUGCUUUUUUCGACUGGCUUGAACGUUGAAUUCGAUCUUUUCAAUCGUCAUACGAGGUGUCAUGUGCCUGGCGACGAAUUGCGCAGUCGCCAAUUCGCAUCCGCACAGCGAAGUCAAGAAGAGCUCGACAGGUUGCGGCGCAGUGUUCGAGCCACCCAUGGCUUUCGGGAUAUCUGUCGAGAUGGAUAUCCCAUCAGGUCGCUUCAUGGUACACUUGACACCCUCUCCAUGGCCCACAAGAUGGUACGACAUGCACGCCUUGCUGGUCAAGCACCGGCCUGGGCCGACGCCACGCCACCUUGCGCCACGACGACACAGCAUGUUACCGAAGCGCACCGAAG